GCGGCUUGCGCCAGCCCAGGCCGCCCCAGCGUCCGGAGCUCCGGCCUUUAGGCUCCCGCGCCAUGGCCGGGCCGGGCCCCGGGGACCCGGACGAGCAAUACGACUUCCUGUUCAAGCUGGUGUUGGUGGGCGACGCGAGCGUGGGCAAGACGUGCGUGGUGCAGCGCUUCAAGACCGGCGCCUUCUCCGAGCGCCAGGGCAGCACCAUCGGCGUGGACUUCACCAUGAAGACGCUGGAGAUCCAGGGCCAACGAGUAAAGCUGCAGAUCUGGGACACGGCCGGCCAGGAGCGCUUCCGCACCAUCACGCAGAGCUACUACCGCAGCGCCAACGGGGCCAUCCUGGCUUACGACAUCACCAAGAGGAGCUCCUUCCUGUCGGUACCGCACUGGAUUGAGGACGUGCGCAAGUACGCGGGCUCCAACAUCGUGCAGCUGCUCAUUGGGAACAAGUCAGACCUCGGGGAGCUGCGGGAGGUGCCGCUGGCUGAGGCGCAGGGCCUGGCGAAGCACUACGACAUCCUGUGCGCCAUCGAGACGUCGGCCAAGGACUCAAGCAACGUGGAGGAGGCCUUCGUGAGGGUGGCCACAGAGCUGGUCGUGCGGCACGGCGGCCCGCGGCUCAGCGAGAAGGGCGCCGACCACAUCCAGCUGGACAGCAAGGACGUCGCGGAGAGCUGGGGCUGCGGCUGCUGACGGGGCGCCCGCGGGGGAGGCCGGGUCACCGUCUGGAGGCCUGGGCGGGGGAGGGCAGCGCCGGCCUCCGCGAGGGAAGAGGCAGGGGAGGCCUGGUGGCCUGAGUCCGGGUGUGGACCCUGGCGGGCGUUCCCCCAGCUCUGCACUUCCUGGUCUGGCCUGUGUCACCCCUGAGGCUGCUGCACCUGGCAGUGGCCCCGGGUC